AUGGUGAUGGUGUGGACUAUAGCGGACAUUUUUUUGACAGACACUAUGUUUCCGAGUUUUGAGGAUGCUGUUCUAUGGGCACAAAAAGUUUGUCGACCGCUCGGAUUUAUGUUAGUGAAGGCUUCUUACAAGACCGAUCGGAGUGGUCCGUAUCGAUAUGUGAGUUGUGAUCGUGGAAAAAAGAGCAUGAUAAGAGACAUGAUGAACACGAUACGCAAAGAAACAAAAAGCAAGGCAAACAGUUGUCCCUUCAAACUCAAGGUUGAGUAUGUUAGAGUAGUAAGUGGUUGGAAGCUCAGUUGCUUGAACGACACUCACAAUCAUUCUUUAGUUGUGUAUCCCGAGGGACAUCGACAAAUCAGUAGUCUUAGUCUUGCUGCUAAGCAGGUAGUACGUGACAUGACUUAG